UCUCUUCUCUGUGUCUCUCUCGAGGUGCACCGGAAUUUCUUAACUAUCGAUCAUCCAAGAGACUGUAUUUUUGGAGAUCUUUCUGGCGGAAUUCCAGAGAAAAGCAUGACAGUAUUUCACUUCUUCAACUGUGCGAUUCUCACUUUUGGCCCUCACGCCGUUUACUACUCCGCCACUCCCUUAUCCGAGUAUGAUACCAUUGGUACUUCGAUCAGAGCGGCUGGUGUUUACCUUGUGACUGCAUUGGUGAAGCUUGUAUGUCUUGCAACCUUUCUUAAGGUGUCUGAAAGCGACAGUUUCGACCCUUAUCAGGAAUCGCUGAAAGCUUUGAUUGGAUUCAUAGAUGUUGCUGGGCUUUACUAUGCCUUGACACAGUUAACCCAUAGGAAUAUUUCUCAAAAUCACAAAUUCCAAGCUGUUGGACUUGGUUGGGCUUUUGCUGACUCUGUCCUUCAUCGGCUGGCACCUCUUUGGGUGGGUGCCAGAGGAUUAGAAUUCACGUGGGACUACAUGUUGCAGGGUCUUGAAGCAAAUGCUAAUUUGGUGUUGAGUAUCUCACUAGCUGCAUUAGGCUCUCUCAUGUGGCUCAGGAAAAACAAGCCCAAGACUUUGAUUCCUAUCAUAUAUGCUUGUGCAGGAAUAGUAGCAACAAUGCCAUCUAUUACAAGUUAUCUGAAACUGGGCUUGGGGUGGCACUUCCCGAAGGUGGUAGGUUUCGAGCUGUUCACUUCACUGGCGAUGGCUUUCGUUAGCUGGCAGUUAUUUGCUGCCUGCCAGAGACCGUCUAACUGAGGAUCAUGACACAUGUCUUGUUAAGGAACUGUUUCACUUCAUCAAUUUGAGGCUGCUGCUGUAGAAUUUGUGGUAAAACUCAGCCUGUUUGAGAAACUCUCUCUCUCUCUCCUAUACAUAUUGUAGCUGGAUUUUGAAUGGUGAGGACUGAGGGUAGCUGAACUAUUCUUACCCAUUGCUUAAUUUACAUUUUUGUAGAGUCCAGAAUCUCUGGAAUCUCUGUUUCUGUGUUAA